AACAACAUGCGCUCAAAUUAAAUUAAAAACUGACCUCUGCAUGCAGACAAACUGAAAAAUACUAUGAAGCUCCUGGCUGCAGUUCUCCAUAACUUUCUGCAGAGGGAGCCACAGUGUCCGGCAUCACGGAGCCAGGAAGCAGUACCAUCACAGUCACAGCACCAUCAGCAGCAAGUGCGGUGAGCGGAGAGGAGCGGACGCUGUUCGUGAGGAAAACACCGCACACAUGAAGGGACCGUCGCGGAUUACUAUCACAUAUUCCUAAGGUUGAUUAUAGCUACUUAUCCAAUAACACAUCCCCUCCUUGCUCUCGCACCGUCGCUGUGGGUCUUUCAAUCGGAGGGCUUGCCUGUUUUUCCUCCGGGAGGCUGAAUGGAAGCAGAGGGAGCGGUCGGGCUGUCGGAGGCCGGGGACGGGAGCCCGCUGUCCGGGGACGCAGCAUCCGAUGAUGGGGACACGGUCGUCGGAGUUAGCUACGGCAUGGACGCCGGAGACAUGGAUGCUGCUGCUAGAAAAGCCUUCAUCACUGAGAUGCCCUCGUCCUCAGGCCAGCCUGGUCAGGGGAAGAAGAUUGGCCACAGAGGAGUCGAUGCAUCAGGGGAAACCACUUACAAGAAGGGUUUUAAGGACAUUAAUCUGGAGCGUUUUAUGCACGGAGGAGCGAACGUGACGGGCUUCCAGCUGGUGGACUUCAGUAACCCCAUGGUCAUAAAGCUGAUGCAGCGCUGGAACAAACUGGACCAGAGGGAGUACCCCGGCUCCGACGCCCCCCCCAAGUUGUACUUCAGUGAAGGCAGCAACCUCACUCCAGCUCACCACUUCCCAGACUUCCGCUUUAAAACCUACGCUCCUGUGGCCUUUCGCUACUUCAGAGAAUUGUUCGGCAUCAGGCCGGAUGACUACCUGUACUCCCUGUGUAAUGAGCCUCUGAUCGAGUUGUCCAAUCCCGGGGCGAGUGGCUCGGUCUUCUAUCUCACGAGGGACGACGAGUUCAUCAUCAAGACUGUGAUGCACAAGGAGGCCGAAUUCUUACAGAAACUGUUGCCUGGAUACUACAUGAACUUGAAUCAGAACCCUCGCACUUUGCUGCCCAAGUUCUUCGGCCUCUACUGUGUCCAGUCGGGCGGGAAGAACAUCCGCUUGGUGGUGAUGAACAACGUCCUUCCCCGCGUAGUUCGCAUGCACCUCAAAUACGACCUGAAGGGCUCCACCUACAAGAGGCGAGCAUCCAAGAAAGAGAGAGAGAAGGCCAGGCCCACUUUCAAAGACCUGGACUUCAUGCAAAACCUGCUGGAGGGUCUGAUGCUGGACCAGGACACUUACAACGCGCUGGUGAAGACCUUACAGAGAGACUGCCUGGUGCUGGAGAGCUUUAAGAUCAUGGACUACAGUCUGCUGCUCGGGGUUCACAACAUGGACCAGGCGGAGAGGGAGAGGCAGAUGGAGGGCUCCCAGGGCGAGAGCGAUGAGAAGAGGCCCGUGGCCCAGCAGAAGGCCCUAUACUCCACCGCCAUGGAGUCCAUCCAGGGGGGGGCGGCCUGCGGGGGGAACAUCGACACCGACGACACGAGAGGGGAGGACACCGUGUCUGUCCACCGGCCAGGCUUCUACGCCGACAGGUUCUUCAAGUUCAUGAGCAGCAACGUUUUCAAGAAGAGCUCCUCUCUGAAGUCCUCUCCAUCUAAGAAAGGUCGCGUGUCGUUGUCGGUGCCCAAGUGUAUCGGCCCCGGUGCCGCCUGGUCAGCCAGCCAGCUGCCGUCUGAGAGAGACGAGAACAUCUACGACCUGAGGGGAGCUCGCAGCUUCCCCACGCUGGAGGAUGAAGGCCGAGCAGACCAUCUUCCAUGCACUCCUCCCUCGUUUGAAGAGGCCACCACAGCGUCUAUUGCCACCACUCUCUCUUCCACCACCUCUCUGUCCAUCCCCGAGAGAUCCCCCUGUGACACCGUCGAGCACCCCCGAUACAGGUGCUCACAGAUGGGCGGUAUCCCAGCUUGGAAUGGGAAAGGAGAGAGACUUCUUCUCUACGUUGGAAUCAUCGACAUCCUGCAGUCCUACAGGCUAAUCAAGAAACUGGAGCACACGUGGAAGGCUUUGGUUCAUGACGGGACGUUCGACGAUGAAGACGACGUGCCAAUCACAGAUAUCUACUUUCCUCAAGACGACAGGACCUGGGUGUACUCUCCGCUACACUAUGGCUCAGAGUCUAAGGCCAUGCCAGAUGGGGAUUGGGAAGGAGAGACAUAAACCCUGUUCUCUGGCAGAGAGGAGCGAACGUCUCAGUGGAGAGGAAUCGUCGGUCUGAAGUCCGGACCUCAGCGGUAGCAGCAGGAUCUCUGUCUGAACCAGGACUUAAAACAUACAGAAACUGAACACACUGAGGGAAAAGUGACUUGCGUACCAGAGGGGAAAAAGUGGGGAACGUCACUGAUUUCCAACCAUCCCUGCCUUUCACCCUUGACAAAAAAGAAAAUUAUACCGAUUUAAUAAUAAUGUGUAUGUGUGACUUACAGUAGUGUGUGUACGGCUGUAGUCUUAAGUGUUUGAAAUACAUGACAGAUCAUAGUAACUUACUGUGCCUAUGAGAAGUAUUCACUCCACUUGGAAGGUCUCAUGGCCACAUUAAAACUUCAAUGUUAUAAGAACAAUAACACAUGAUUACUUCAAAGUGAUGUGAAUACUUUUUAAAUGCAUAGUACAGUAUGUUCUAGUUCCCACAAGCACAGCUCUCUUAACAGGCUUUACAGGCGUGACCCCUCACUCUGCAGGGCAGCACACUGAACUGUGCAUGUUGUGGAUUUAUCAGGAUAAGCCCAUCAACCCUCCUUGGUACUGACUUUACUCUUACCUAGCAUCAAAGUUUCUUUCAGCAACUAAACGAAAGAAACACAGAAGGUUAGACGUCAUGACAUGAUUUUGGGUUAAGAUUGGCCUUUAAACUCACAAUGUUGCUCCUGCACGUGGUCACAUGGAGAUGUCAUUUUGCUGAUGAGGAGUGAGUGUUCAGGCCUGUGCUGUUGGAGGGUUGUGCUUGUGCGCAUAGAACUGGAGUGUCAAUAAUAACCAUUGUUCGGCCAAUCACGUAACAUCUAGACCUGUCCUCACAUUUCCAGUAGGGAUUUCAUGCAGCUUAUUUUACAGAGGGAAGAAUUUAAACACAUCAUUUCAUUAGUCAAUAUACACAGUGAUGACGACGUGUUUCAUUCAUAGCAUAAUAAUGUAUUUAUAUCUAAUGUUUUUUGUAACUUUUCUUCUUUUACUUCUGUGAGCCUUCAUUUAUUUUUUCUGUU